CAUCAAAACAGUCAACAGCCACGGCUGCACCACCCACCGUUCUCCACACCUUUGUCUCUCCCUCAUCACCACAUUCUCCUCUACCCUCUUCUCGAAGACACGCUCAACCAAGAUGGUGUCCUCCCAGUUGUUCCUUGGCACUGCUGCUACCCUUAUCGCCUCAUCGGCGGCGUUCGUUGCACCGAUCGCUGCGCCGCGAUCCUCCACUGCGCGUGUUGCUGCGUCUUCGACCCCCAAGAUGACCGCAGGCUCGGACUACGCAGCUUCAUUGCCGGGUGCGCCAUUCGGAAUGGCGGCCGAGGGGAAGUACUUCGACCCUGCAGGGUUGGCUACGAAUCAGGAUCCCGAGACAAUCAAGAAGUGGCGCGAGGCUGAGUUGAAGCACGGCCGCGUGUCGAUGUUGGCUGCGGUGGGUAUCCUUGUCAGCGAGGUAUUCCACCCGCUGUUCAUGGGCCCGGCGUACAUCGGCCCUGCGGUGGAGCACGCUCAGCAAAUCGCGACGGUCUACCCCCUGUUCUGGGUAGCUUCUGUAGGCAUGAUCGCGUUCAUCGAGGGACAGACGAUCAAGGACGCGUGGGGCACUGUCAGCCCCGUGACUGGUGUCGGAAACUUGAAAACCGAGUACUACCCGGGAGAUCUUGGGUUCGACCCGCUCGGUCUCGCGCCCAAAGACGGCGAGGACUUCCGGUUGAUCCAGUCUCAGGAGCUCGACCUCGGGCGGUACGCCAUGAUUGGCGUGUUGGGGAUGAUUGUUCAAGAGGUUGUAGACGGGAAGGGUAUUCUGGAACACAUCGUCUCGCGGGUUUAGACGUGUUUGUUGUGCGAUGAGUUUUCUUCCCUCCUGGCGUAUUUCAUGUAUUUGUGACUCCGGUGACGCGCGGUCCGAACGUUCGUAUUGGCGCUUGUUGCCAGUUGGCGUGUGUGACGUAUCUCGAUGUCUUGCCGAUGCUUAUCGCGUGGGUGGAGUGAUGAGUUCAUUGAUCUGGAGUGGAACUGCUGUGCCAGGGUUCACGGGGCGGGUAAGGGUGCGCAUGGAACGAGUUGCAGUCAUCAUGUCAAAAACGAUUGUAGACUUAUGAAUGAACCGAUUUUUAUGAGGGAAGCUGAUGUCACGCAGUUGCGGAUAUUCUACUAAACAGAGCUUGCAAUAACGACGUUUCCGGUCGAAGAAACCCGAGUGUCACAAGAAACGUCUGGCUUGGGGCCGUGAGAACGGAGUGGCAGCCUGGGCUUGCACGUGAAAAAAAAAAUCGAAGCGAAAGACUAGAGUGUCCUUCGGCCGUGCUUCGAUUUGGGCUACGAUGCUGGGUGGAGCAGGAAGUUGCGUUAUGGAGGAAUAGAGCACUUCACGCUCCUAGCUGCAACACUCUAGAUUGUUGGGACGAAAUACAAACGAUGAAUUAUUCAAAACAUGCUGUGGCAUGAUGCUUUGAGAUAC